UAAUAUGGACGUUGGAAUGGCGUCAUAAAUAGUUAAUGACGUUGUUUAUAUUUGUGCAUAAAAAUAUUACUUGGCUACAAAGUUCAUUUGAUUUUGUGAAGAUACAAAAAAUGUAAUUAUUGAAUGAUUAGUGCGUAAGGACAGUUUUCUAUAAUGUAUUAAAAUCACACCAAACAAAAUGUCAAACAAUACUGUCGGUUCUUCGGGUCAUGCUCCCGGCAAAAUACGUGGACCUGGUAGGCCUCCUAAACGUACCUGUACCUGGUGUGGGGAAAGUAAAACGCCUUUAAAAUAUGUUUUGCCCACGGAAAAUGGCAAAAAAGAGUUUUGUUCCGAGACAUGUCUUUCAGAAUUUCGACAGGCUUAUAGCAAAGGCGCCUGUCUGCACUGCGAUAAUGUUAUUCGCGGCAAUGCACCUCCCAGUAGCAAAAAUUUCUGUUCUACGUAUUGUUUGAAUAAAUAUCAAAAGAAAAAUGAAAAAAGAACAACUUCUCCACAAUCCGGCAAUGGAGCUAACGGUACAGAAAGCAAUUCCAAUAAUAAUUCUACUGGGUCCUAUUAUGAUAUUUUUCAGUCGUUUGAUUGGACCGAAUAUAUGAAAGAAACUAGUAGUGUGGCAGCUCCCGAAGAUUGUUUCAAACAAGCGCCAGUUCCUCCAGUUAACGAUUUUAAAGUGAAUAUGAAAUUAGAAGCUUUGGAUCCACGGAAUUUAACGUCAACAUGUAUAGCUACAGUGGUGGGCGUGCUGGGGCCGCGGCUGAGACUUCGGCUCGAUGGUAGUGAUAAUAAAAAUGAUUUUUGGAGACUAGUUGAUGCUGGUGACAUACAUCCUAUUGGACAUUGUGAAAAAAAUGAUGGAAUGCUGCAGCCUCCGUUAGGCUUUCGAAUGAACGCAAGUAGCUGGCCUAUGUUCUUGCUAAAAACACUGAAUGGAGCAGAAAUGGCUCCCCCUAAAGUGUUCCAACCGGAACCACCAACUCCAAAAACAAAUCUAUUUGUUGUUGGUCAAAAAUUAGAGGCUGUUGAUAAGAAGAAUCCACAGUUGAUAUGUUGUGCGACUGUGGGCGCAGUGAAAAAUGACCAGAUACAUGUCACUUUUGAUGGGUGGCGGGGUGCGUUUGACUAUUGGUGUAGAUAUGAUUCAAGAGAUAUAUUUCCAGUGGGCUGGUGUGCUCGGGCAGGGCAUCCCCUGCAACCACCUGGUCAAAAAAGUGCAACUACACCAUCUAGAUUUAAGUUACGUCCCAGUGGAAUCCCGAACCCAGCGUUACCAGAGGGUGGUUCGACUGGAGCGAAUACAGGCACAAACAACUCUGGCACAUCUAGUCCCAUACCCAAUGUGUGCUUGCGAAUCCGUAGCAGCUGCCAAGGAGGGAGCCCCAACAUGCCGGCGUCCGUCACAGGAGUGGGGGCUUCCGGAGUUGCCGAAACUCUUGUCAAAGAGCUCCUAAGUGUUCAUACAGAUUCACAAAAGCUGACGAGAGCAAUUCUCACAGCAUCUAGUAGCUAUUCAAAUAUCACUAAUGUACAGGUGUCGUCAGGCAGUAAGAAUUAUUCUGUGAAAGUUCCUUCCGACCUCACAACGGACGAGCUAAAGAACUGGCUGAAGGUGGUGUGUGCGGGGGCGGGCUGGUGUGUGGGACUGCUGGAGGUGGACUGCGGGGAGGCUGCAGGAAGGCCCUGCGCACUGUGCGGGGAGUCCACGUCUAAUAGUGUGACGUCGGUGUCCGCUGUGAAGAGGCCUAAGAGUGUGCUAGAAGCGAGUACGGGCAGCACGGGUGGUGUAGCAGAGAAGGUAGCGCGCGUGUCCCCCGAGCGCGCGGAGCCGGCCAGCUCCACGACGGGCGCGCCGCCGCCGCCGCCCGCCGCGCGCGCGCCGCCCGACUGGUCCGUGGAGGACGUCAUUGGGUUCAUCGCCGCGGCCGAUCUGGCGCUGGCCGCCCAUGCUGAUCUGUUUAGGAAGCAUGAGAUAGACGGCAAGGCGCUUCUGCUGCUGAACUCCGACAUGAUGAUGAAGUACAUGGGGCUGAAGCUGGGCCCUGCCCUCAAGAUAUGUAACCUCGUGUCGAAGAUUAAGAACCGCCGCCAUUACAGCACCUAGCUCGUAGCCAAGAAACCUAGUUUCUGACUAUAUCACCUUGCCCAAGUAUUAAAAGCAUUUUUUUAUCGAUUAAUAUCAAUCGUAGGUUCAUCGGGAAUCUCACUUACGUAUUUAAAAUCACAAAUCGACGUGAAAAAGUAGCAAAUAAUGAAUAAGAUACAAAAACGAUUUAUACAUUUUGAAAUCGAUGCGUGUUUCUCGCCUUGCAAUAUCGUAGCUUGUUCGACUGAGCGUUUGUGAUUGCACUUCCUAGCCAGCUGAAAUUUAAUUUUUAAUUUAUCUUUUAUCUAUAAUGGUAAAAUGUCUGGUGUUUAUAUUAAAGAGAUUUUAUAUUUGCUCAACACUUUCUAUACGCGAAUAAUUCAAAGCUAUCGAUGUCACUUUAAAAUUCCUUAAAUGCAUAAUAUGAAACUAUCGUGAUCUAUACAUAGUAUAUUUCGGUCGUUUCUAACUUAGAAUUAUCACAAAGAAUGUUUCUUUAAUGUAAAUAAAGGCGUAGUCAUGUAAAUAUUUUAUUUUGAAUGAGUGAAAAUGCAUUUAAUGUAUGUGCUCGUCAAAUUUAAUGCAGUGAUUCCUUCCCUGAUCGCUUCUAUUGUGUCACUGUGGGAUAAAACAAUUGUGUAUUAACGGAUUUUCACAGUAGUGAUUAUUAUGAGAUAUAUAAAGUAGUAGGAAGUAAGCGUCUCUGGUAAUGCUCCUAUUUUAUUUAGCUUUACGUUUUAUCUCACGGUGGCACAAAACCCUUUGCUAGUCUCGUGGUUGCAAACUGCAAUACAAUCGCGUACACAUUCUAAACACCUGACUGAGUAGUUUUAUCAAGCUAACUUUGAUAUCGUUUAACACCAACUAGAUUAUAAUACAAAUAAUACGAGCAAUGAUAAAAGCCGUUUACGCUUUACUUUGCGACUGUACAAAACAUCCGACGUUGAGCUGUACUGUACAGAAAUAUAUCGUAGAUUAGGGUCUAGUGCCUUUCGUAUUUAGGUGUACUUAACCUAAAACAGUUACUUCCAUGUUAUUUCUAAUGGCCGCCAGUCGCUUCGUGCAUUGUUUGAAUGAAACAAUAAUGUUAAUUCCUUGGGGCCCGUUUUGAUUUCCGGCUGACAUAUUUGUUUUGAACGCGUCAAUUUAAUAACAUAACCAAGUAAUUUAUUUUGUUACUGUGUUCCGAAGUCAUAAGAUUAUUUCAUUACCGCUUUCUCCCGAGGGCCGGCAAGCUCUAGGAGCGACUUGUGUUGAUGUUCCUUCUGUGUUUGUGCGAAUGGUAAUGAAGUAUUUUUAAGCUGCGUUUUAUUUAAUUUGCCAUUGUCAAGGGUUUAAUAUGAUGUUUAAACAUUUCAUAAUGUGAUAUUUUAAUGUUAUUUGUUAUCGUGAUAAAUGAUUAAUAAUUAAAAAGUAAUAAUUAUUGAAAUUAUGUUGAAUUAAUAUUAAGGGAAUAUAUUAAGUUCAUUCAUGACACGAUAUCCACUUCUAGUUUUCUCGUUUUAAGCAGAGUUGCCAGUUGUUGGUGUAAAUAAAUAUGGAAUUUAUGCUUUGUAUAGGUGUUUUAAUUUUUUUUUCACGAAAUGACUUUUAGUUUAGUAUUUUCACAUCAAUAAUUUGCGUUUUUCAAUUGUAAUUAAGAAUUUUUACUUUUCGUUGAGAUAUUGACUAAAAUGUAAAACCGUAUAGCAAUAAUGACGUUUCCUCGGUUUAUCGGUAACAUAAUAUAGUUUCAUAGAACAUAUAAGAGUACAUAAUAUAUGUAUGUGUAUAUAUUAUUUCAUAGAUUUUUAUUAUCAAUAGCUUACUUUGUGAACGUUUGACAUUAUAAAUGCUAUUAUUUUAUUAUUGUAGAAUUUAUAAUAGUUUUAUGUACAUAGGCAGAUAAUGAUUGGAGAGAGUUGUGCAUAAAUUAAUAAAAGUCGAUUAUUGAAA